AUGAUCACAGCAAGCAAAAUUAACAGGUGGUGGCGCUGAACACAGAACUUGGUUUAUUUCAAUCAUCGUGUGCCUUAAACGUUUGUUUUAAUCAACAUACCAAUUCUAAUGGAAUGAGUUUAAUUACCAAGCUGCCAUUGUUCACAAUUGUAAAGUAGAACCCACUGAUGUAAGUAAGACCAGUGCAACUUUUCAUACCAGCAUAUAUUUUAUAUACCACUGUAUUCGUUCGUGUCAACGGCAUUAUUUGUUGAAUGCAUCCCGUAGUCACAUCGGUGUCAAUCUCUGGACGGUGUUUAAAAUGUUGGAGUUUCCACUCACACGUCAGAUAUGUAAACAUCAACUGGCAUUUUUGUGUUUGAUGACCCCACUGAUAUCAAUGGAUGACCUCAGCGUGAGUGAGGGACUGCUGCUAGCUAUGUUGUGUGACGGUGAUAUCGAACAAAACCCAGGACCAUUCAAGUCAAAGCAUAAGAAAUCUGCCUCGGCCGAAGAAUUGAACUCGCUUUCUGUCAGUAUGUCGAAAGUGGUUGAAAUGCUGCACACUGCCAAUGAGAAUAUCGCUGAAUUAAACAAUAAGUUAGAUGGUCAGCAGAUUGACUUUGGUCAAAUGCAAGAUAUACAAAAAACCAUAGAAGCAGAGGUGUACCAAUUAAAAAAAGAAAACGGAGAGUUGAAAAAAAUGGUAAACGGCCAAUCGGAGGUGUUAGAUAGUUUAUCACGCUGCAAUAACGUUAGGAUAUUUGGAAUCAAUGAAGACGAUCAAGAAGACGAACCCAAAGUGGCUAGCAUACUCAGCCAUCACCUUGGUAUGGUGAUUGGACCGAAAACAAUCGAGUGUGUAUACCGAGUUGGCAAACCAAAAGAUGGAUACACACGAGCUGUUAUUGUCAAGUUUCACUCCUGGAAAGAUAAAAUGUUUGUCCUGCACAACAAACUGCGCUUUAGGGAUACACAGUAUUUUCUGGUUGAUGAUAUGAACAAUAAGUAUGGGGAGCACAAGAAGCUGCCACAAGCCAGGCGGAAUCGUCCUCCCUCAUGGGCUAAAGAUAUCCACCAAACUCACGAUGGUAGUAUUUUGGUUCACAAUCCUUACGCUCCAAGUGGAGGCGGCGGUGGCACUGGGAGAGGAGGACCUUCUGGUAGCUUAAUGUCUCCUCGUAGUUCUUGGUAUGGUGGACAGUACGGUGCCAAUGGUAACUUUUCUCGUGGUGGAUGGAAGCGAAUGAGUUUACCCAGUCCAGGCACACAUCUUGGUGCUUACAAUGCAGGACAGCCACUGAUUGGUAAUGAACUUCUGAGUCCCACAAGUGAAAGUGGAACUGAUGGGAUGUCAAUCAAAGAUGUCUGUGACCGGCUUCUCACACUGGAAGGUAUCGACCAACACAUGAUACCUAAAUAUCAAGCCAGAGUCGCUGAAAACAAUAUUAAUGGGCAUGUCUUACUUCAGUGUGACGUUGAUGAACUCAAGAAGGUUCUGGGAAUGACAUUCGGCGAUUGGCAACUAUUCCGUGCAAUGGUAAUUAGGAUACGGAACCAGGAAAGAAUGAGAUGCGGUGAUUUCUGUGAUGGAAGCGAUAUUGCUAUGGCUGAUAUAGAAGGUCAGGAAGGUGGACAUUUGAGAGUGCCUGGACCAGAUAGCUUUUUAACACUGAGUUAUGAAGAGUUAAGACCUAUAAGUCUGUUAGCGUCCAACUCACCGAGGUCAUCACCCAAGCUGGAUGAGUCUCCUACAGCCAAUCCACCAGAUGGACCGUUCAGUCAGAGUCAUGAUGGAGUGUCGGAAAACUUGCACCAUAACGUGAACGUACAGUUUGAUAAACUGCAAUGCAGGACGAUACCGAACCAUUCCAAAGAAGAGAAAAAGAAGCACGGGAAGUCUGUUGUGCUGAAGAAUGUAUCUGAUGAAAACUUCGAACUGAAUACUAUUGUGAUACAUAGCAAUGGGAGUAACUCGACCAACAACUCUGCAAAAGACCUCCUGGCUGCUAAAAAGGAGAAGGAUGAAGAUAUGACAGAGAACACAUUAGCAAAGACAGACCAAGAACCUGAACCAGUCAGGGGCAGACCACAUAUCAACAAACCUAAAGGAAAGCCCAGUAACAUGGCAUAUACCAUGUCAUACAUAAGCGAUUUCUCAAGUGCUGAGAGCCUCCAGAAUAUUCAAGACAGAGCAAAUGGUCAGGACCACCUCCUUGAUCAUCAGAAAGACGGUCAGUUCCUGGAGGAGCUGCAGAAAUUGAAGAAAAAGAUGUCCCUCAGCAAGGAGAGUCUGAGCAAGAAAGGGGAGGAGGCUGAUAAUGAGAUGUCCCCUCUUUUAACUCCAGUGGAAAAAAGAAAAAUUCCAAAAGGUCGUCCUAAGUUACUGCGAAGUCUUGAGAGUCUAGACUUUGAUACUGAAGAUAUCCCAUUGAUAGAUGACAAUGAUGUGGAGGAUAGUUUUAGAGAAGAAAGGGCAGAAAGCGAAGAGGGACAAUUGGAUGAAAAUGGGAUUGAUAAUCGAAGAGACACCCUUGCUGAUGAUGUGAACGGUGAAGAGCUGCACAUUGUGGAGGACGAAGUACCGCAGCAGACUGCCAGUGGAGAUGCAAAUACAUUUCUAAAUGUCAGACCCAGAGUACCAUCUAAUGGAUCAAAUUUCUCAAGCGUUGAGAGAAAAGGUAAAGAGGUUGAUCAUUUGUUUAAAUUUCUGGAUAACGAGGAGAAUAAUUUUGGCAGUUCACGGCAAGAUGGGGGAAAUAUUUCAGAGAUGUUAGAGGUUGACCGCAAUGGGAGAGAAAGGAGUAGCAGUAUGGAUGCUACAGUUGGAUCAAACAGUGAAAGACGUAGCUCAAUAAGUAGUAUUCCGCUGGCUACGUCCCCAGAUGAGGCAGAAGAUGAUGAGAGUGAUGCUAAAGGGGUGGAAAGUGAUUCUUUAUCUUUGCAGAGUAAACUGGAAGAUGUAAAUGAAGUAUCACCUAGUCCAUCGGAACCCACAGCUACGUCAACACCAGUGUCUCAGCUGGAGGCACAAGAAAGGAGGAAGCGUUUCAAUAAACCCUCGCAGUCCAUUCAGGGCUUUCCUGGUGAACAAGAAGCUGUGGCUGAAGCAAGACGACGCCCACCACUUAGAAGAAGUGCCUCUGCAUCCAGUCCAUACCGUCAUUCAGACACUUCAGCCAUGACGUACUGGGGAACACAGCGACCACGUCUUAAAACUCUGGAAGAAAGUUUUGAGGAAUACAUUAGUGUCACCACAGCAACUAACAAGAAAGUGCGGGAUAAAGAACGUCUGACAACCAACACAAAGCCGUUUCAUUUGUACAAUGCACCGUUUCGUGGCAGUGGUUAUGGGAGUCGUGCACGAGACAAUCUCAAGCGUAGGUCUGCACCUCCAAACAUGACCCAGCCGCUGGAAUUGUCUAUGCAUGAGUUGUACAUAGAAGCAAAGCCACCCAGCCCAGAAGACAAGGAAAUUGAGACUAUAACUUCCAAGAUUACCCAAACCCAGAAGGAAGGAAGUCCUCGUCAAGAUACCCAUUGCUAAUGGUGACCCAAUAUUAUAGCUAUACAUAGUUGGCAAUCUGUUAAAGGAAACAUGCAUGCAUAGAUCUCUGCUUGGGUUUGUGCUGUUGCGGCUCAGUGACUGCAUGGGAGUGGUGUUCAUAAAACACAUUGGCAGCUUCUGGCAUCUUAGCAGGCAAUUGUCCCAAUAGUUUGCAAACAUGCAUACUUUUUUUCAAUUCGCUUCAGUAAUGGCUACGUUUGAAUUAAUGCAUUCCUUGUCAGAACUCUGUUGAUAAACAGCAAAGCAAUUUAUGGGAUCCUUGUUGCUUAAAAUUAUUUAUAUACAUUUUCUGGUAAAAAUAACAUGUAUAUUUCCUGAUAAUAAUAUUUUCUAUCAAUUCAUAGAAGAAUUCCAUAAAUUGACUUUCCUCAAUUUGGGGUGCACCUACGGAAUGCAGUUGUCUUGUAUAUAAAACACAACAAACCUUUUUUUUUAUAUAUAAAUGCAGGCUCGUCAUUUUUGCACGUUUUGCAUUUUAGAAUUUAUUUUUAGUAUAUUAGAAUAAAGCCUACGAGUAAUUUCUGAGAGGAGGAUGGUAGGGAACAAUGUCAAACAUACUUCAGGAAAACUUUCCUUGAUUUGUCGUAUACAGAUAGAUGACUUUUGUUAUUAAAUGCUAUCUUGUACAUUAUACAAUCUACUACUUAGGUAGUUGUGCAACAAUC